UAGAAAAGUAUGUCAUUCGAAACAAUGCUGGCUAUAAAAUGAGCCCCUCAAAGCUUUAGACGCAAACAGUUAAACUGAAGCCUUCUGUAGCAGUCAAUACAGUCUUCUGGAAAUUCACAGAAAUAAUUGAGGGAUGAUUUCCAUAUAUUGUUGGUUUUUCGCUGUAUUGGGGACCUCUGGAACAUUAUUAGUUCACGCCAAUGAUUCGAACAAGCUUCAAAAUGUAAAAGCUGUGAUUGCUAUUGCAGACAAAGUACUUGACUUUUACGAUCAUACUACUGAAUGUGUAGGGGAAUUGAUGUGUAUAAUUGCUGCAAAACCAGAAUCCAAACGCAAUCAAAUGUUGAGCAACCCUUUAGGUGUCGUAACUAAAAUUGCAACUGACAACGGACAAGAUCGUUACAGCUCGUUAUAUGCUGAAGCCAGGAAAUUAUUAGCUGACUAUCCGAAUAUGGAACAUGUUUUAAAUGCAGCUAAAAAUGGACACUCCGUAAAAGAUAGUGAUGUCUGUGAAUCAAUGUACUCCAAAUGUCCAUAUGAGCCAAAAGAAUUGCUGGACACUGUCAACGAUUUGGGGGAUAUUACCACACUAUUGUCUAAGAACGUGUUUGGGAAAGUCAUCGCAGAUGCAAUUGAUUUUAACAACACACAGGUUGGAACGCCUGAAACAAAUAAUAGACAAAAGAGAUCAUGUGACCACAAAGCACUGGACGACAGUUGCACUGCUCUUGGAACUACUUGUGGUGUAGUGACUGCAGGAUGUGCUAUUUGUACCUUUUUUACAUUUGGAGCUUGUAUAGCGCUCUGUGGUGAAGCUACUGUUGGAACGUGUGGAGCUGCCGUUGCUGGUUGUCAUGUUGCUAAAGCUGUAUGUGGAUAAAUGCGACUUCACUAGAAACAUAAGUGAAUCAUCGAGAUAAAUAAAAAGUAUAAUCUCCUUAUUUAUGAUGAAAGAUGUUCCUGAUUUGUUUAAUUUUAACUCUAUUUUGAAGAUCAGAAU